GAGAAAUCCUCAUUGGUGCAUCUUAUGGCAACUCCUAUUAUUCACACUUCUUGGCCCCCCAGCAUGUAUGAAGAAGUGCAGAAGAUCUAAGGUCCUCUGUGGCCACUGUCAAGAAGGAAAACGUACGGAAACAAGAGAUUGUGCAGCACAAGGUGCGUCUGGGAUUGAGGUCAGGAUUUUGCCUGGGGCAGGGAGGCAGGGACUGGGCUAGAACCUGGAGGUAUAAAGGCAGGAGUGCUCCGGCCUUCACUCCACAACAGCCCCACUUGGAGGGGCUCUUCCUCUGUGGCCAGUUGGGAACCAGCAUCAUGAAGUGGAUGGCGAUGGCCUUGAUCAGCCUCCAGCUCUUGGAGGCAGCAGUGGUCAAAGUUCCCCUGAGGAAAUUAGAGUCCAUCUGUGAGCCCAUGAAGGAGAAGGGCUUACUGGGGAGUCUUGAGGACCCCAAGAAUGACCCUGCCCACAAGUACCACUCUGGCAACCUCAGUGUGGUCUUCAAGCCCCUGGCCUACCUGGAUAGUAUGUACCUUGGGGAAAUCAGCAUUGGGACCCCAUCGCAGAACUUCCUGGUCCUUUUUGAUACUGGCUCCUCCAUCCUGUGGGUGCCCUCCGUCCAGUGCCAGAGCCGGGCCUGUGCCAGUCACCCCCACUUCAACCCCAACAUGUCCUCGACUUACUCCAGCAAUGGGCAGAUCUUCUCUGCGCAGCAUGGCAGCGGCAGCCUCAGUGGAGUCUACGGCUAUGACACUGAGGAGCUUAAAGCCAGGAUGGGGGGGAAGAUGGAGGUCCAGAGCAUCCAGGUCUCCAACUAGCAGUUCGGCCUCAGUGAGCAUGAGCCAAGUCCCUACUUCCUCUAGGUCAGGUUUGAUGGCAUCAUGGACUUGGCUUACCGGGCCCUGGCAGAGGGCAGGAGCAUCACAGCCCUGCAGGGCAUGCUGCAGGCAGGCCUCCUCUCCAGUUAAGUCUUCAGCUUCUACCUGGGCAGGUAAGAAACUGCACGGGGAGCAGUUCUCAUAUUCAGAGGGAUGGACCACAGCCUGCACAAGGGACCAAUCUACUGGGCCCCAGUCACCCAGGAGCACUACUGGCAGAUUCGCAUUGAGGAGUUCCUCAUUGGCGGCUGUGCCACCAGCUGGUGCUCCCAGGGCUGCCAGGCCAUUGUGGACACAGGCACAUCUCUGCUCACUGUACCCCAGCAGAACCUGAGUGCCCUUCUGCAGGCCAUAGGGGCCCAGGCGGACCAAUAUGGACAGUUUAUCGUGGACUGUAACAACGUCCAGAACCUGCCCACCUUGACCUUCCUCAUCAGGAGUCGUGUCCGUUUCUCCCUGCCAUACCACUCCUUCCUCUUCACAGAAAAUGGCAUUUGUGCCCUGGGGGUCCAGGCCACCUACCUGCCCUCCAGCAGUGGCCAGCCCCUGUGGAUUCUUGGGGUUGUCUUCCUCAGGUCUUACUACUCCAUCUUUGACAUUGGCAACAGCAGGGUGGGCUGCGCCACUGCCGCCUAG